AUGGCGGGGCGUGGAUACAGCGGCGUGGCGAUGGACUCGCCUCUCAAGGAUGUGUCGGCCAAUCUGCGCGACAUGAAGCUCGGCACUUCGCCUACCAAGAGCAGCGGGCUGAAGAACAACUCUGCAAGACUGGGCCUGUCUCGGAAAGAUCGCCUUGACUCGGUGCCCUCCUCGUCAGCGGACCUCAAGGUCGGCAUCACAAGGGACUGGCAGGGUCCAGACAAAGCUCUGAAGCCAAAGGUGGCAGCUAGCAUAUCUCGUGGGGACCGGUACAUUCCAAACCGAGAACUCAAACGGUCGACCACCCCGCAUGCUCAUGACAGCGAUGGAGACACGAUUCGCUCGAUGACCGGCGAUGCGACCGAUCCGAACAUCGCGGCCAACAUCGCAGCGGCCAAUGCUAAUCCGACCGAUCUCGAUGGACAACCAUCUUUCGAGGACUCAGUCUCUUCUGAGAUGGGGCAGAGGAUCCUUUCGUUCUCUGCUGCACCGCCAAGCUCGCUGGCCAACCCAGACGUCCGAAGCCGAUACGCCAUGACCAAGCCCAAAUCUACCAUGCCGAGCAGCCUGCAAAGUGCAGGUCGCAGAAGGAUUCCGACAACACCAGAGAGAACCUUGGAUGCACCGAGCAUGGUCGGCGACUUCUACUACAACCUUCUCGACUGGUCUUCGACCAACAUGGUGGCAGUAGCACUGCAGACCGGGUUGUGGAUCUGGAAUGGCAACACGGGAGACGCAAGUGCUUUGCUGGACACAUCGACAAUGGCGGAAAAGGUGGGUGGUGGAGGACUGAUCACCGGUUUGCGGUGGGAUGCGGACGGCAACAUCCUUGCUGUCGGUCUCGAAGGUGGCUUUGUGCAGAUCUGGGAUGUGGCGAGCAGCACACGCAUGCGAACGCUCAAGCCGAGCGGUGACGGUGGAGCCGACCACGCCUCGGUUAACGUCUGUGCCUGGGCACCCGACGGCACGCUCAACGCCGGCUUCCAGAGCGGUAUCAUCCGCGAGUACGAUGUGCGAGAGCGAGAUGCUGUCACUCGCACACUCGAGAAGGCGCACCACGGACCGGUCUGCGGCAUGGAGUGGCGUUCCGAUAGCGCUCUCAUGGCCUCUGGCGGCAACGACAAUGUGGUCAAGGUGUGGGAUCGUCGCACCUCUGUGGCCAAGAUGCGCAAGGAGAACCACCAAGCUGCGGUGAAAGCGCUCGCGUGGUGCCCGCACAACCUCAGCUUGCUCGCGACAGGCGGUGGCACGAGCGAUCGCAACAUCCACUUCUGGAACACGACGCAGAACUCGCGCACCAUGACCAUCUCGACGGGCGCCCAGAUCACUUCGCUUCAUUGGGCACCGCACUACCGCGAGAUCGUCUCGACGCACGGAUUGGGCACGACCGAAUCAAGCAAGGGACUGCUCAACAUCUGGUCGCAUCCAUCGGGAACCAAGGUGGCGGAGAUCGAGGCGCACGAGAAGAGGGUUCUGCACUCGAGCUUGAGUCCGGACGGAGAGGUGCUGGCUACGGUCAGUGACGAUGAGGAGCUCAAGCUGUGGAGGAUCUUCGAGAAGCCGGUGGAGUCGACCAAGGGGGCCAAGGCCACGGGCGGAUUCGGAUCACACGGUGCUGGUAGCGGCUUGAACGUUCGCACUCUUCGCUGA